GUCCUAGUUAACCUGCUAGCGUCAAGAUCCUUCAAGAUGAGCUACAUCGCCCGCCGCGGUCUUUCGACCCUGAUCCCUCCCAAGAUCGCUUCCCCUAACGCGAUCGGUGCUGCCAAGGAUGCUGCCCGCAUGGACCGUGUUGUGAACUUCUACGCCAGACUUCCUCGCGGUCCCGCCCCUGAGGUCAAGGCCACUGGCCUCAUUGGACGCUACCAGGGUCGCUACUUCACCGGAAAGAACCAGUCUGCUACUCCCUUCAUCCACGCCAUUGCCGGUAUCCUUCUCCUCGGCUACAGCAUGGAGUACUACUUCCACCUCCGUCACCACAAGAACCACCCCCACUAAACGACUGGUGUUUGAUUUACCGGACGAGCGAGGAUUUGUGUAUAUACCACACCCUCUAC